AUGUUUACAAAUAAUUUCUCUUUAUUAUUUAUACUUUUUUACAUCUUAUCAAAUAAUCUUAGCUUCUUGACACUGAAAAAGUUCUCCUGUAUUUUCCUAUCAUUAUCAAUUGCUGCCAAGCAAUAUUACCACACGUGUAAUGGCUUAGAACAGCACACAUUCAUUGUCUCACCGUUUCCGUGGGUCGGGAAUCCAAGCCUGGCUGAACUUGGUCAGUCUGCUCGUACAUGUGGCUGCAGUGAUGUUGCUGGGACUGGGAUCUCAUCUGAGAAGCACCCACUUCCAAGCUCAUGUGAUUGUUGGCAAGACUGA